GAAGAAGAAUCAAAAUCCCCGCGCAUUUGCAAAUUUGGCUUUUGGAGAGGUCCCAACAAUCAAUCCAACACUUUAUUAUGUCUAUUCUUCUCUACCCGAAUAAUCAACUCCCCCUUUGCGGAGAAUCUCUGACUCAACAAUGGCGGCUAACUUGGAAGAUGUUUCCUCUAUUGAUCUCAUGACUGAGCUUCUUCGUCGUAUGAAGUGUUCUUCUAAGCGCGAUGAGCGCCUCAUUCUUGUUGGACCUCCUGGAUCUGGUAAGGGCACUCAGUCACCACUUAUUAAGGAUGAGUACUGUUUGUGUCAUUUAGCUACUGGUGACAUGCUGAGAGCUGCAGUGGCUGCUAAAACUCCUCUUGGGGUCAAGGCUAAAGAAGCCAUGGAGAAGGGUGAACUUGUUUCGGAUGACUUGGUUGUUGGGAUCAUUGAUGAAGCCCUAAACAAGCCUUCAUGUCAAAAGGGUUUCAUUCUCGAUGGAUUCCCCAGGACAGUUGUCCAAGCACAAAAGCUUGAUGAAAUGCUUGAAAAGCGAGGCACAAAGAUUGAUAAAGUGUUGAACUUUGCUAUUGAUGAUGCCAUUUUGGAAGAGAGAAUCACUGGUCGUUGGAUUCAUCCUUCUAGUGGUCGAACAUACCACACCAAAUUUGCACCUCCGAAAGCGCCUGGAGUGGAUGAUGUUACGGGAGAACCUCUAAUUCAGCGCAAAGAUGAUACAGCAGCAGUUCUGAAGUCCAGGCUAGAGGCUUUCCAUCGACAGACUGAACCAGGAAAGGUUACUACACCGGCCCUCCUAAAUUCCGCCUAGGUCAGAGCCACGUAAUUGCAUUAGAAGUGUUGAGUCAAGCCUCAAAUCUCAACAUGAUAAAGGUGAGUUCGAUCACCUCGUAGUGUACUCCUUGGCUUGCACGUUUGAAAACGAGGUUGUGAGUGCAAGGAAGUAUGAGGGCUUAUGUUUUGGAUCGCUUGAUGAAGUGAUCAAAGUGGGAGACUUUGUGUGCCUUGAUGAAGGCAAGGGAGUGCUCAUGGAAGGUUGUGAAGCCUGCUCGAAUGGUCGAGCUUGAUGGGCUCGGUCGAGCCACGCAGGGGCAGCAAGACAGAAGCUACUGGACUCUCGCUCGGGUGGUCGAGCAACGACCAGCUCCUCUCAGUACGCGUUUCUGUUUUAUGUCUGAUUCUUUGUGGCCUUUUGUGGGUUUGUCCUAAGGCUCCCAAAUAUGUCAUGGGACUAUAUAAGGGGUCUUAGGAGUGUAUUAGGGUAAGAGAGAGAGCCUAAUACUAAGAGAUUACUAGGGUUUUAGCCAAGAGAGCUUUCUCCACUUGUAUUAGGGCAUUUGAGGGAGAUUGACAUCAAUAUUCAAUCUUUUGCUUUGAGAAUGUGUUCUUGAAGCUUGUAAGAUGAGUCAUUAAUGUAUUCUUGUUUAUGUUAAUGAUAAGAUACUUUGUUUGAGGGGGAGGUAUCAUUAGAUACCUCAUAUAUUCUUGUGUUUUGCCAUUGUUGUUGCUUGUUCUAUUUUUUGGUGUUUACUUUGCAUUAGUUUGUUUAUUGUUUUUCAUCAAAUAUCAUAGCCCAUUCACAACAAGAAGAAUGAAAUGUUAUUAAUUGUUCAUGUAGUUCAUGGUCCAAGUAACAAUCUCUGUUAGAUUAUCUUUGCAACUUUUUUUAUCAAGAAACUAUGUAUAAGGGGCAUACGAACAUAUUUGCUUAGUAAAGGGAUUCUGCAUUUAGAUAUGAUAGGUAUCUUAGUAGAAUUUUUUUUUUUCAUGAAAUGUAACUACUUUUUGAAUUAAAUUACUUACCAGACGGUGCUCAUAUAACAUUGCUAACGAUUAGAACAAAAAAAAGAUAAUAGUUUUGGUGAAAUGACAUUUGUAAAAAUAGGAGAGAAUAGAUUAUCCUUAUUGACAAGAGGUUGAGAGCUAUGUUAAUUACCAUAGACUAUAGAGCCAGUUUAUUUCCUUGGCUUCGGAUUAUGAUCGUUUUACUGAAAGGCUCAUUUGUAGACCUUUACCCUGCAUUUUAGUUUAAUAGUUUUAAUGUAAUGUAAAAAGGCGAUCUAAGUUAAGUCGAAACGACUGGAACCUAGUUAUCUUGAGCUUGGUUCUGGUUGAGGUUAUGCGUUUGUAACUGUGGCUGAGUAGUGUGAGAGGACUCACCUGGCCAGUUAGCAAUGAACCUACUCUCUAGUAUAUUGGCAUUUUAGAAGGCAAAAGGGUUUUUAUUGCAUGGAUGUAUGGUAAGAGACGGCAACUAGGCAAGAAGGGUUCUUUAUUUAAUCAACUAUUGAGAGAAACAAGAGGUAUAAUUUCAGAAAUUAAUGGUGUCCUUUAACCUUUAUACAUUUUUUCUAAUUAUAAAGAUUAUGCAUGAUUUAUUCCCAUCAUUCCGUGGCCUAAACAUCUGCUUCGCGAAAACACACACUGAUCGGAAGGUGCUUGUUCGAGCACUUUCUAAAUCGAAGAACAAAAGCAACUAAAAACUAUUGUUUUUCUUUAGAGCAAAGUACUCGAACGAGCACCUUUGCUCCUUGCUCUUCUUCGAAAAAGAAAAGUUAGAAAUAAAAGUGGAUUAAAUAUGUUUCAGUCCUGCUGCAUUCUACCAAUAUGAAUGUAUAUAAGUAUCUUUUAGGUUAGAAAACAAUAAGUUGUCAAAUUUUAUUUGUUUUUGCUAUUUGGAAGUACAUUGUGUUGUUGAAUAUGGCAAGUU